AAUCAGAUUAAACGCAAUACAACAAGCACUCAAUGACAUAAUUCUUGUUUCCUGCCGUCGUUGCUUUUUGAUAAACACCGAUUUACAGCCACAAGCGAGAGUGAUAGAGAACGAGCUAUAAAAAAGCAAUUUCAGUUGCAUACAAAGAAGAAUAAUGUCACAACAACUACAUAGCAUGUCAUGGUUUUCCAGUAUUCUAUUGCCACUGGUGUAUCUGUUGUGUAGUUAUUCGAGUUAUGCUUGUUUGUGGAACCAGCGGUGGAACGAAACUCCGCACGCCAAUAACAUUGAUUGUAUCAAACUCUAUGUGAGUACUAACAAGGCUAUUAACGUGGUCAAUGGUCGAUUUUUAUCAGUUGCAAUUGACUCGGGCGAAAUCGAGACACACUGGAAUUAUGGAAAACUUAACUUCAGCUCAACGCAAUUACAGACUUUAUCUUCGUCUCUGCACCCGAUGUACCUACGGCUUGGUGGAACAAAUGCUGACUUUCUAUUAUAUAAAGAUACGAUUUUGGAAAGUCAUAAACCCAGAAAGACAUUCAAAAACUACACAAUGACAGAUACCGACUGGGAUGAUAUUAAUCAGUUUUGCAGAAAGGUUGGCUCGCAACCAAUUUUUGACGUGAACGUGCUGCUGCGCAAUGGAAGUGACUGGGAUGAUUCCAACUUUCGCAAGAUUCUCUCCUACAAUUCUAAGCAAGGCUACCAAGUUUACUGGGAACUAGGGAACGAGCCUAACCAUUUUGGGAGUGGAAAAGUGACCAACAUGACGAUUAGUGGCAAGCAACUUGCUCUGGACUACCGUAAUUUACGUAGCCUACUGGAUUCGUUUGAUUACUAUCGUCACAAUUUCAUCAUGGGUCCGUCGGUCACACGUCCAAGAAUCAAGACUGCUUCAUAUAUUACACAAACUUCGCUGAAAUAUUUAACUGACUUUUAUAAACAUGGUGGAGGUGAUGCUAUUAACGUGUCUACAUGGCACCAAUAUUACGUAGAUGGUCGAAUCGCAACAGAAGAUAACUUUACAGAUCCCGAUAUUUUAGAUUAUUUGAAAACGCAAAUAAAGGGUAUAAAAGAGAUUGUUUACAAAUACAAGCCUGGUAGCAGAAUAUGGCUUGGUGAAACAAGUUCAGCGUAUGGUGGUGGUGCAGAUGGACUUUCGAAUGCAUACAUUGCUGGCUUUAUGUGGCUUGAUAAACUUGGCGUAGCUGCUUUAAAUGGCAUUGACGUAGUUAUUCGACAAACCCUAUAUGGUGGGAAUUAUGCACUUUUGGAUAAGAAUUUGAAACCUCUGCCGGAUUGGUGGUUGUCGUUGCUUUAUAAGCGCCUGGUUGGGCAGAGGGUUUUGAAAGUUACAACGUCUGCACGUGGAAGUGAUUUAAGUCUGAGGCUGAUACGGUCUUAUGCACAUUGCACAUUGGCCAGGAGUGAAUACGUAGAUGGUGACGUCACGGUGUAUAUACUGAACCUGGACAAGUAUUCAAGCAAGAGUGUAUCAAUAAACCAAUUUAGUGAACUUAAAAGAAUCGACCAGUAUCUGUUGACCCCACAUGGAGAAAGUGGUAUGAGAUCACAACAUGUCAAUUUAAAUGGUGUAAAACUUGAAAUGGUGGACGAACGAACUUUGCCAAACCUACCUCCAAAGAAAUUGGAUAGAAAGCAAGAUAUUCUGUUACCACCACUCUCAUUUGGAUUCUAUGUCAUGAAAGGUGCAAAUGCGUCGGCGUGUUUGAAGUAAUUGAGUGGCAAGGUACCAUAUCGAUUGAACCAAAAGCCUGAUAUUAUGAUUAUUGCACCACACACGUUAUAAUUCUAUGCAGAGUUACGUAAAAUGGGCGACGCACUUUUUCAGCUUGGUAACGCGUUAUGUAAGGAUUACGAAGGGCAAAAGUUGUAGGCCUAUACAUGCCUAUUUAAAAUCAUAAGGACCGGUCCCAGGACAGUUAUAGCAACUGUCUUCACUCCACUAUUAAUCCUCUUGUUAUUAUACCUGGUUUCCAUAGAAUUGGUACAGGCUAUCGCCGACAGAUUUUCGCUGCAGCUAAACCUGGGAGCCUUUUCGAUUGCGUCUGGCCAGACUUCUGCGAGGCCCGAUGCUCCUAUGAAGCCAUUUUGGUAAAAUAUUACACCGUUUGUAAUGAUGUAAAUAGAGAAAUAAGGAAACAAACGAAAAAGAUCCAUGACUUUUCUUUAGUGAGCUCAAUAUAUAUAUUUUUUUUUCAAUUUUUAAAUUCAAGUAGGAAUGUUAGGGAUUUUUAAUGUCAUCUAAUUUAAAGCCUGAGUCGUUGCAUUUUUGGUACAUUCCUAGUCCAAUUAUUAUUUGAAAAGGUCAGGCAAAAUCUAGUUUCUACCCAAUAGGCCUACAUUAAAUAAUCCACUGUACCAUAUAACGCUAGACUAUAGUGAUUCUUGGAUGGAGGGUAAUUAAAUUGUCUUGUAUUGCUGUAAUAUUUAUCUCAAGCAAUAGGGCGCAAUUACGUAACCAAUACUACUUGUAUGCAAAACAAUUCAUAAACAACAAGUGUUUGGAAAUUUAACUUUGCUUGUUUACAAACUUUCGACGAAUUGGAAAACAUCAGCGUCACAGACGUACGAAUGCAUAUGCAUGAACGAUUGCAAAGUUUUCUAUUGCUUUACAGCAUAGGAACCAAAACAGCAUAGGAACCAAAACAGCAUAGGAACCAAUAAUACCACAUUUCGGCAUUUAAUUACAGCAAAGUACCGUACCCAAUCACGUAGACUGAUAGUGAAUACAUAAUGUGGAAAAAGACACUGGCCUAGAUCUACUAUGUUCAUGGUGAUGUCAUAUCUUGAUAUUAUAACUACACUGACCUAGUUUCAGAUUGAGCAAUAUAAUGUAUUAACAAGUCCUACUGUGUUGACACCUAACUGUCAGUACAUUUGACGCGUUUUGUGUUAAUAAAUGAAUAAUUUGCUA